AUGGGAGAGAGUAAGCAAUUCCGAGGUUGUCAUUUGCUUUAAGGAAAAAAACAAAAACCUCUUUGUCUGUCUUCUUCUUCUUCUUCUUCUUCUUCUCGCAGCGUCUCUCUCUGUUAAUUCCCUCUCCUGCACAAGAGCCAAGAGAUGAAUUUUGGGUUGCCUGGUAUUUCUUGGUUUGGCAGCAUCAGUUCGAAGAAGGAUGUACCUAUGAUUGAAACCGUGACAUCGACAACGUCUCUUGUGGAACAGCCAGAGCAAAGGAAAGCAACAAUGUCUAUCCUGGAACAGCCAGAGCAAGGGAAAUCGACAAUGUCUAUCCUGGAACAGCCAAAGCAAGGGAAAGGAUUGUUUGAUAUCAAAAUAUGGACCUGGUCCUUUAGUUCAGCACUUCCUUGGGCUGCAAAUGCUGCUGAUGGAAAGCAGAAACCUACAACUAUAAAUAGAGGGCUAAAAAGGCAUGCCCUUUCUCGAAGGUCCUCGAGAUCCAACGCUGUGAAUACUGUUUAUCGGUUUAGACCUUAUGUUUCGAAGGUUCCCUGGCACACAGGAACAAGGGCGUUUCUCUCACAGCUUUUCCCGAGAUACGGACAUUAUUGUGGACCCAACUGGUCUAGUGGGAAAGAUGGGGGUUCCAUGGUGUGGGAUCAGAGACCUAUUGACUGGUUAGAUCAUNCUGAUCCAGCAACACGAAAAAGAACCGGGCCAUUAUAG